AUGUUUCUGUCGCUGUAAGCAGCCAUCAUUUCACCCAAUACAAACCUAUGCUAGAAGACAGAGAGGAGAUAUAGUCAUGAAUUUGCACGGGAAUACCGACUGAAAGGAACAUACUUGAGCCACUCCUUCGCCUAUGGUUUAUUUUCCGGUUGGACAGCCAUUGAAGACUGUAUUGUUUGGCGUUCACAAACUUGCCACCCACUUCUUGGCGUUCCUCUGCCUCGGGUAGGCCAGUGGCGGAGAGGCGUGACCCAUUUAAAAGGUGAGCUUAACUAGCAGCUGCUUUCAUCUGGUUUCCCAGCAGUCACUGGCAUAAAAACAGCAGCCUUGGCCUGCUUAUUUGUGGAGGGGCAUAGGUGAAGGAGUGGACCCUGACUGCCUUCUUUCUGUUAUUUGCUCUGUUUUGUGACGAGGGGGAGUAAGGUGCUAAAAAGACCACCCAGAGCAUGGGGCAGAAGGUUCCGGGAGGCAUAAAGACUGUGGACAUGCGGGACCCAGCGUUUCGGCCUCUCAAGCUAGAGCUGCAGGCCCUGGACUACACCAAGCCCUCCCGCCUGGAUUUGUUGUUAGACAUGCCAUCAGCCUCACAGGAAGUCCAAGUACAGCACUCGUGGAACAACGACGACCGGUCAUUAAACAUCUUUGUUAAAGAGGACAAUAAACUCAUAUUUCACCGGCACCCGGUAGCGCAGAGCACAGAUGCUAUCCGGGGCCAAGUGGGAUACACACGGGGACUGCAUGUGUGGGAGAUCAGCUGGGCCAUGCGCCAGCGGGGCACCCAUGCAGUUGUUGGGGUGGCGACGGGUGAAGCCCCGCUGCACUCUGUAGGAUACACUGCACUUGUAGGCAACAAUAACGAGUCCUGGGGCUGGGACCUGGGACGUAACAAACUCUAUCAUGAUGGCAAGAACCAGCCCAGUAGGACAUAUCCAGCUUUUCUUGAGCCUGAUGAAACCUUUAUUGUCCCAGACUCGUUUUUGGUGGUUCUGGACAUGGAUGAGGGGACUUUAAGUUUUAUUGUCGACGGACAGUAUUUAGGGGUUGCUUUCAGAGGACUCAAAGGAAAGAAGCUAUACCCUGUAGUGAGUGCUGUGUGGGGACACUGUGAAAUCCGAAUUCGGUACAUCAAUGGACUUGAUCCUGAACCUCUGCCGUUAAUGGACCUCUGUAGGCGCUCAGUCCGGGUCGCGUUGGGAAGAGAGCGACUGAGUGAAAUCCAUGGACUGCCCUUACCUGCUUCCCUUAAGAACUACUUGCUCUACCAAUGUUGAUAUUAGUGCCUUUACAACCAUUCAAGGCAUAGUGUCCGCCUCUGUUACUCUCUGGGAUUAAUCACCUUUCUGGCAAGCCUGUUUCAUUACAUCUUCGUUUUUGUUUCGGUGCCAUUCUCGGUCACUGGGUAUGGUACCAACAAUAAUUUU